AACGGCUCUCUCUAUAUUGGUGGUUUGGUUUUAUAUAUAUAUUUAUAUAUAUUUAUAUUUAUAUGUUUAAAUAUAAAUCAUAUGUAAAUAGAUUUUCCUGACGAUUUUCGAGGUUAGGCAACAACACACGUCAUCAUCAUCAUCGUCAUCACUGGUGGUGUUUUGACAUCAUAAAAAGGUUCCAAAUGGCUGCUGUACAGUUUUCUGUCUGUUGGCUGUUCCUGUGUGCGUGCGUGAUCCCCGGCGUGAGGUCGUGUCUGCAGUGUGACCUCGCCAUCCGCCACAUGCAUGAGGACUUUAUUUCUACUAAGCAUAAACUCACCGUACAGGAGCAGAUGGAUCUGGUGAAGAUCAUCAAUCAUGCCUAUGUCACCUACCAGGAAACCAGCACACAGUUCUCCAGCGGGCUUAUCGAUUUUACUACACUGUACCGAGCACAAACUGAGUAUCAGAGCGAGUUCAGGAGGCACUGGAAGGAGCCCAGCACCGGGUCUGUCCAGUGGGAUAUGAUAAAAAUCCUGGAGAAAGGGAAGAAGAUCCUGAACAAGCAUCUAGAAGUGUUUGUCGCUGAAGGACUGUGUCCAAAUGAAUGUGGCUUACUAUUUCAGAGUGUAAUGAACUGCUCUUCCUGUCAGUAUGGGCUGCACAUAUGUCAAUCUGAUACACCCCCGAAAGAUUGCGGAGUGCAUCAGCUGGUAGCGAGUGAGGGCAAGCAGGCAGUCUUGGAUUGUUUUCUUCCGUGGCACAGAUUGGUAGUAGGGCAUGCUGAGUAUCAUUACUCCUGGAAACCGGGAGCCACAAAUUUCACAGCCGAAGAUGAGUUUGAGGUUCUGGUGGUGACACAGGACUCCAGAAUCGUCCUCAACCAGCUGAGAGUAAGCGAGCAGGGAGUGUAUCACUGCUUCCUGCUGGAUCAACACGGCACUACAAUCUCACAAACACACUUCCUCCUCACUGUCACCCCCGUGCCCACUUCACCUCCCAGGCAGAUCCCAACACUCCCAUCUCUCCCUCAUGUCAAAGUGAGCCAUGUCCGGCUCCAUACAAACACUCUGAUCAUCAUUCUCUCUCUCCUGACUUCCCUGAGCAUCACAGGCAGCAUGGCCAUCAUCCUGUAUGUCGGGAUGACGGUGAGACGACAGAAGAAAGGCGAAGCUGAAGAAAGUAGACAAGAUAGACUAAAUAGACACUCAUCUCCAUGAUCGAAGAAAAAACCAGACACAAGCUCUAAAGCUUCUUCAACCAUCACAGGUUCACUCUUUAGCAAGGUUUCUUUCCUAAAACAUUUAAAAACCCUGAAUUAUUUUAAUCUCAAUGUAAGUAAUAAUAGAAUAACACAUAAAUUGAUGUAUUUUGAAUGUAAUUUAUAGAUACAUUUAAUAUUGUUGACGUUUCAAAUAGUAGUUAAACCAUAACCUUGGACUGUAACAAAACAUUAAAUGAUAAAUUUUUCACCUUACAAAAAAAACAACAUUUUGAUUCAAGAAAGCAUUAACAAUUUGGUAUAAAUAUUAUAUAACGGUGCUUAUACACUAUAUGGAGAAGAUUAUUGUGAGCUUUUCAACAUCCAGUUCCACAUUUGCUGUUACUUUAUAAUAACCACCAUUCUUCUGGAAAGAUGUUCCACUAGAUUUUGGAGUGUGUUUGUGAAGAUUUGUGCUCAUUUAUCUGCAAGGGUGUUGUGAGGAGGCCUGGGGUGCAGUCAGCAUUCAGUUUCAUCCCAAUGGCGUUCAGUAGGGUUGAGGUCAGAGCUCUAUAGCAGGAGAUCUUCCACUCCAACCCAUGUAAAGCACAUCAUAAAGAUGGAACAAGUUCAAGUCUCCUAGUUCAAAUGAAGCGAAAAUGUAAUGCUUCUGUAUCAUACAGUUGUGUGCCUCCAGCUUUGUGGUAAGUUUCAUUAUGGUGAAGAGCCACAUUCAACAAGAAAAGUCAGGUGUCCCAAUACUUUUGUCCUGGCUUGCCAUUAAACUUUACUUGAAAAUUC